UUGUUCUUCUGCACAAGUGGUACCUCGGAUUUGCUGCUUGGAACUGCAGUAAUAUCCCAGUCCUGCAUCCUCUGUUACAUCUCCCCCAGCCUGGGCUGCUUUCCAGGACUUUUUGGGGGACCAAAUAUUUGAAAUAUUACUUUGAAAGAGUACCUGAAGCAGAUUUCCAUUAUACUUCUAAAAUAGGUAAGAAAACAGUGAGAUAGUUACCGCAUGUUCGGCCCAUGGCAUCGGUCCGUGUGUGGCUCUCGGAUAUGAGCCCGCUCCGGUUCCUCUUUUCUAAAACCAUUGUGCAAAGUGUAGGAAUUUCACAACCGAUGUCGGGCGGAAAUCCGCAAACUAUGUGGCAUAUGACUAGCUGAAUACGACCCAAAAUACCAAGUCGAACUGCUGGACUGUUGCAAUAGGACCCGUUUUGUUGUCUCAUGGUAGAAACCCAAACCAGCAGCAGGAGGAUGAUACAGUAUUCAAAUUCAAAGUCAUUGUUCCUGGUUGAAUCCUUAUUUCUGAUGCCUUAGCAAUGUGACCGAGGACACUGGAAAAGGGGGAAGAGUCUUCUACCCAGAUUUUUUCCCCCUCAGGCUCCUUGUGAAGCCUUAGGUGGAUAAGCACAAAGUCACUUUAGUUUUAAUCUGGUGAAUGCUCCCAUUAAGGCUCUGGCAGGAGGCGAAGUGUCAGAUCUGUGAAAUCCUUUGUGAUGGUUUUAUUUGGAACAGAGUCUGCCCCAUAGCUGCAGUUUAGACUCGGCCUUAGCGCUGAUGCGGAUGCCGCGGUGCCAAACCUCGACAUCUGCCCGGCCCGAUCACCUCAAAAGGAAGAGAAACCGCAACACGCCGGAGCCCCGGGACGGGUGACGAGCCCAGCGGAAAAGACAAGAAUAGUUACUUUGGAGAGCGUCAAGAAUCCCACUUCCCGCAGAGGAGGGAAGCGCCCGGGCAACAGGGAAGCGCGAGCCCUCUGAGUAAGCGGCCGCAGCACCCCCGUGCGCCACUCAUGCCAACUUUUCCCAUUUUACGAGCAAACCGCGCUCUUACCAAACCCGUGACAUCUGUACCCGGUUCCCUCGGCCUCUGCUUCCCCUCGCGGAGGCAGUGACGUGCUCACAGCCAUUCCCACCCUGUGGCCAAACUGCCCGCAAGUGCAAAAAGCCACAAAAAUCCAGAAUAUGCGUUUUGAUUCCACCCUCUCCCGUCUCUUCCCGACCACCAGCUGAUUGGGGAGAGAAGAACUAGGGGUGAGGGGAGCAGGAAGGACACACAAAAUCCCAAAGGGUACGACAGCGCAAGUCAGUACUGCUAGAAAUAACUAAAUCCAACAUAGGUUUAUGUUCCAAAGCAUUUUAAUCUAAAAGAAAUGUGCGAUUGAGAGUAAUUUGCUGCUUCAACCCCCCCACAGACAAGCCCUGGAGUGUGGGAACCUGUUGGUACCAAAAAUGGGGAAAAAGGAGCCGCUUUUGGUAUGUGAAAGCACAGAACAGGGGGGCUGCGGGUUGGCGCUGCUCUGCUUGGACUGAUGAGCGGGGUCUCGCGCCGCUUCGCCUCGUCCUCCUUUAAGAAUCAGCAACACGGAAAACAACGUGAAGGGCGGACAGCGAAUUUGCAAAGGCACUGAUAUCACCAGCAAUUAGUCACAGGGAAUUACACCAAGGGAAAACAGAGUUGGGAAAGUGUAAGGUGCCACUCUGAUACUUACUUGUACAGGUUCCAAGAACGAGCUGGAUUAGGUCCCAAAGCGCAGGAUUUGCCCGCAUGGAAAGAACGUGAGGAACAAGCACUUAACAAACCCCCCAAAUCAGCUGCACAGGGAUGUGCAAAACUCACUCGUGGGCUCCUCCUGCACAAGCCAAACCCUGUAGCGACAGCCACACUCGCUUCUGCCCGACACCUGCUACCGAACAGCGGAAAAUCAAUCCAGAAUUUACUAACGGAGGUAAGAACCGUGCCAUUAUUGCAGUGUAUUCACUUACAUUUCCGCUCAGACGCUCCUCAAGUACCGCAGCCACGGCUUCAGACAAUAGCAGCUCAUUCUGGAGCUCAUUUUUAAUUGCCAUUUAAACUCACAAAUUAUUAGCUGCAAAACCAGAUCAAAAAGCAGAGAAUAUUCUUCCCCACAACCUUCACAAUGAGAGUUAGGGUUAGGGUUAUAAUAAAUGAAUACACAGGACGUGUGCUGGACGACAUAAACAUGAGAUCAAUGCCAGCACCGCAUGUUGGUAAAAUAACCAUCCUUGUGCCAAAUAAUAUUGAUUUUAACUUGGUGGCUUCCAGCCGUGAUUUCCUCUCACAACCGGCCCAUGAGACGCGGUUUGGUGGCCCCGGUGCUGCGUGUAUCGUACCCGCUCCAUCUCCCCAGAGCCGGAGCACAGCGAGGGCCUCAGGAGCAGCACAGCUCUGCUUGCAGGAAGAAUCAUUGGGGAGAAAUUCUGCCUACGGGGGGUCACCCCAACUCGAAAGCAGGAGCGAGAAUCCUUCCUGACGUGUCCAAAAUGCUGUUAAUUUUCUGUCUGUUGCACUAAAGUGAGUCAGGAUCUGUUGAAAAACAGUGACUUGAGGGCAUUUCUCAGAACCUGCCAGGGCAGGAAGUGCCCGGUCAGACCAGGACAGCGGCACAAACAACCUGGGGGUUUCCAGCCCCCCAGGACAAGGCAGGGGAGCGUCUGGGCUGCUGCAAGAGUUUCCAGUCACCGGCGGUUACAAAAUACAGGAAAAAAGAAUCAAUACCGGAAAAAAUGGAGCAGACAGCAGCGCUCUACACCUUGUGCAAUCUGCUGACUUCCUUCUGCUGGCAUCCUGAGCCCAACUCGCUGCACAGCGCAUCUGUAAAUGUAACACGGAGAAAAUCCCCUGUUAUUAUUUUUCCCCUAAAGUGCACGAAAGUCUGGUUGCUCAGCUAGCAGGGGCACGUCUGGCACGCAGGACCUCGUAUUCACACGCGAGAGCCCAACACCAAAUCCUCCCCACCUAAGGAAAUCACCCCAAACGUUACAGGAAUAAAUCACUUUUCUCAGCCUGCGGCCACGCUCGGUGCCUCCAGACCUGCCCACGGCGCUCAGGUGGGCACGAAGCCACCGGAGACAUCCGAACUCCAGCCGCUUUCCGCUCCGGGUGGGAAGGGCGGAGGAUUCCCCGGGCGGCUCCCGGGGGCGGUCCCGCUGGUCCCGGGGCUACAAGAGGCGACGGUGGCGGCCGCAGGUCCCGGCGGGAGCGGCGCGGAGAGCGGGUAGGACGGGACGGCUGGGAGGGAGCUGCGGGUUGGGGGACCCGCUCCCCGGGUUCCUGCGGGUGCUCGGGGGGGACGCGGGUCCCGGGGUCCCGGUCCGGGGGGUCUCGGGGUCCCUUCUCUUCAGUUAAACUCGACAGCCCCAGUCUGGCGGGCGGUGAAAGGGAGCGUGGUGAGGGUAAAAGGGAGCUCACCUGCAGUUUUCAAGCCAUAAACAGGAGACGCGGAGCAGGGAGGGAAGCGGUGAUGGGCAGAGAGGAGCUGGGCAGCGACCUCCAGCCACGGGGCAGCCCCACAGUGAGCCGUGCACGGCACUGACCUCUGCCGCCUCCCCCAUCCAGCCUCAAAGCAAACUUACUCCUUUUCCUCACUCCAAAAGGCAAACCCAAAGGGCCACUGGUCAAUCCCUGGCAGAGCGAAGCGCCAAGCGGUGGUGACACGGAGCCGCUGCCGCGUUCCUCUGGGUUUGCGGCUCCAGCGCGGGGGCUCCGUGCAGCUCAGCCUCACCGCUGGUCGUGCACCGGGGACGGAAAACCCAGCAGCGGCGUCAAAAGUGCGUUUGGGAUGAUGCGAGGGAAAGAUGCUGUUGCAAAGGCUGCUCAGGACCGGGGGGAGGAAUGGAGAAAAAAUAGAGAAAUACAGACUACUGAAAAAUCAUUAAUCUACAGUGAUCUGAACUGAGGAGCACUUGCUUGCAAAUGAUUCUCCAGCACCAUCUUUUAGCAUUGCCUCUUGAAAAUAAUAACGGAGCAAGACAUUUUGAAAUGUAGAUAAAAAUGAAUUCAUAGGUACAACUAAUUAAACAAUUUCUAUGCUUGCAAGUAAACUAGGAUUCUUCUUUUAAGGGUACUUAUUGACACAGAGCAUGUUACAGCAAUGGGUUUUUCUGUUUGUUUUCUGCAGGAUGAAGCCCCUGAUUGGAAGCUUUCAUUUCUACUUCAUUUCUUUCUUACUCAGCAGAGCAAAGGGGCUCCCAGCUCUGAGAGCACCCACAGCCUCUGUCUCCCCCUUCUACACCUACUGCUAUUUAAACCUCUCCUCUGUAGCAGAGGCACAAGCUCCCAAAACGGCCAGAGCUCUCAAUUUCUCACAUAACCUCAUCAAGAAAAUAACCAAGAGAGACUUGGAAGGUUUCGAUGCGCUGGAAGUUCUAGACCUUUCCCACAACCAGAUUCGGGACAUCGAGCCUGGCGCGUUUGAGCGUCUGCCCAGCCUCCUGUCUGUGAACUUAUCAUUUAACGACAAGAACCUUCUUGCGGCGGGUCUGCCGCCCCCCCUGAAGCUCAACCCCGCUCGCGAGGCCUCGGGGCUUUUGCAGCUCUAUGAGUAUUUUGACAGAUCCUCGGAGGCUGCUCUGGAGCCUCCUGCGCCCGCCGAGGAGCGUCCGUCUGUCCCGAAGCCCCUUCCCGCGAGGCUCAGACGGGGCACGGGGGGCGUCCCCCCCGGAGCGGAGGGGAACGUGGCGCUGUCUCCAAACCCCGAUCCCUGCGCGGCGCCGGUGAGCGGGCGGCUGGACCUGUCGCACCGCCUGCUCUCCGAGGACGAGCUGGUGGCCAUGCUGGAUGAGGAUCGCUGCCUGGCGCGGCUGGAGAGCAUCCUGGAGCUUGACAUGAGUCACAGCGGCCUGCAAAUGGAUCUUCUGUCGCUGUUCGCCCUGUUCCUGCCGAUGAAAAAUGUGCGCUCCAUCGACGCCAGUCACAACAAAUUAACAAUGAACGUUCUAGACGCUUCGUCGUUCUGCAAGUUCCCUUCCAGCAAGCUUUUGUUUUUAAAUAUCAGCAACAACCCCAUAAACAGCUUGGAUACGCUGUGCGUCCCUUCAACCAUCCAGGUGAUCGAUUUGUCCUUCACCAACAUAAGCCAAAUACCCCGGAAUUUUGCUAAAAAAAUGACUAACUUGGAACACCUGUACGCUCAAGGAAACCACUUCAUCUACACCGUGCGCCCAGAAACCCCCAGCGUGGCCGCAGAGUACCCCCCGGGAAGCGUACACAUUAACGCCAUUUCGCUUGUGUGGAACGAGGCCGGGACGCCCAUCGAAAGCCUCCCCAGGAGAGUGAAACACCUGCAAAUGUCCAACUGCUCCAUCGUGGAGCUGCCGGAAUGGUUUGCCAGCACAAUGCAAGAAUUAUUAUUCUUGGAUCUCAGCAGCAACCGCAUUUCUGCGCUCCCCGAGUUGCCCGCCUCCCUGCGGCACCUCGACCUGAGCAACAGCGACAUUAAAAUCAUACCCCCCCGUUUUAAAUCUGCCGCCAACCUAACGGUAUUUAAUAUUCAAAACAAUAAAAUCACGGAUAUGCAUCCUGAGUAUUUCCCGUUGGCUUUAACGGAAUGCGAUAUUAGUAAAAACAAGUUGACCGUGUUGUCGCUAACGGGCGCCCUGGAGAAACUCGAAUUCCUGAACGUUUCUGGAAACCUCAUCAGCAGAGUGGAGCCCGCCAGCCGCCUUCCUGCCCUCGCCAACCUGGACAGCAGCCACAACCUCAUCGCGGAGCUCCCCGAUCGCUUCGGGGAGUCCCUUCCCGCGCUGAAAUACUUCAAUUUAUCGGGGAACAAGAUCUCGUUCCUCCAGCGCGGCUCGCUCCCGGCCUCCCUGCUCGAGUUGGACAUCAGCAACAACGCCAUCACCACCAUCGUGGAGGACACUUUCGGCCCGCUGACGAGCCUGAGCGUUUUAACCGUCCAAGGCAAGCAUUUCUUCUGCAACUGCGACCUGUACUGGUUUGUGAACGUGUACAUGCGGCGCCCCGGGCUGCGGAUCAGGGGCCGCGAGGCGCUGCGGUGCAGCUUCCCCCCGCGCAGACGGGGCUGGCUGGUGGAGCGCAGCGACCUGACGCUGCUGCGCUGCUCGCUGGGCCUGCAGCUGGGCGUCACGGCCUGCGCCGCCGCGCUGCUGGCGCUGCUGCUCGCCGCGCUCUGCCGGCGCUUCCACGGGCUCUGGUACGUCCGCAUGGGCUGGUACUGGUGCAUGGCGAAGCGCCGGCAGUACGAGAAGCGGCCCGAGAACAAGCUCUUCGACGCCUUCGUUUCGUACAGCGAGCAAGACGCCGGCUGGACCAAGGAGUAUCUGCUGGAGAAGCUGGAAGCCGACGGAUUCAGGAUAUGUUACCACGAGAGGGACUUCAAACCGGGGCACCCUGUACUCGGGAACAUUUUUUACUGCAUAGAAAACAGCCAUAAGGUGCUUUUUGUUCUCUCUCCCAGCUUUGUGAACAGCUGCUGGUGUCAGUACGAGCUGUAUUUCGCCGAGCACCGGGUCCUGAACGAAAACCAGGAUUCCCUCAUCAUGAUCGUGCUGGAGGAGCUGCCGGCCGACAGCGUGCCGCAGAGGUUCAGCAAGCUCAGGAAGCUGCUCAAGAGGAAAACCUACCUCAAGUGGAGCCCCCAGGAGCACAAACAGAAGAUGUUCUGGUGCCAGCUGGAAGCCGUCUUGAAAACAACCAACGAGCCGCUGGUGCGAGCGGAAAACGGGUCCGCUGGGGACGCGUACGAGAUGGAGUGAGAGACGGGACGACGCAAAGGUCGCGCUUGGGAGCUACUCCUUGAAACGCUGUGGAUGUCACCUGAAAGGAAGAACAGCUCAGGUCACACCGUGCGUCCCCACUCUCGGUUGGAGGUUAUGGCAGCAAAAAGCGCCGUCGCUCCAAGGUGAGGGUGUAGUUCUGGUUCUGGUGUACGCGUAAAACGCAACCUACGACAACAGCCGGGUUUAGUGAGAAAAGGUUAAAGACUGACUUGCUGAAGGGAUGCAAUUGCAAAUCCACGCGGCCGCAUCGCUGGGUUUAAGUAACUGGUGGGGGAAAUCGGACUAAAAUGUUUCCUAAUUGCAGAUUAAACUAAACAACUAGACAAUAAAGAAAGAGCCAGCUGGCUGUGUCAGCCGCUGACGUUAAUGAA